AUGGGGAACCAGGAUGGGAAGCUGAAGAGGAGCGCAGGUGAUGCCUUGCACGAAGGCGGAAGCAGCGCAGAGGAUGCUGUUGGGCCCAGAGAUGUGGAAGCCACAAAGAAGGGGAGUGGGGGCAAGAAGGCGUUGGGCAAGCACGGCAAGGGGGGAGGGGGUGGCGGCGGGGGGGAGCCAGGCAAGAAGAAGAGCAAGUCGGAAUCUAGAGCCUCAGUGUUUUCCAACCUGCGGAUCAGGAAGAACCUGUCCAAGGGGAAAAGCACCGGCGGCUCCCGCGAGGAUGUGCUGGACUCCCAGGCCCUGCAGACCGGGGAGCUGGACAGCGCGCAUUCUCUGGUCACCAAGACUCCAGACCUCAGCCUCUCGGCAGACGAGACGGGCCUGUCGGAUACCGAGUGUGCUGACCCAUUCGAGGUAACCCGUCCGAGUGGCCAUGGACCCACUGAUGCUGGGGUUGGGGGCAGGGUGGUCUUGGAGGAUUUGGAAACAGCCGUGGGGAUGCAGGAUGGACAAAGGACCAGUUCAGGCUCGGACACGGACAUCUAUAGCUUCCACUCGGCCACGGAGCAAGAGGAUUUGCUUUCAGACAUUCAGCAGGCGAUCCGCCAGCAGCAGCAGCGGCAGCAGCAGCGGGGCUCCGAGGAGCCUGCAGCGCCCUCCGCAGCCGCCUCCCCCCAGCCCGGGGCCUUCUUGGGCCUGGACCAGUACUUGCUGGGGUCCAGCAGCACAGCCCGGGAGGCCCCUUGCAGUCCUGACCCGGAGCGGGCUCUGUCUGCGCUCUCUGACCUGCCUGGCAGCCUGGCCACCGAGCCCCAGGUGCCUGAGCAGCCACCGCCCCCCAGCGGCCCUGGAGCCUUGGCGAUGCCUGGCCUGCCUGAGGGCCAGCCCGCAGCCGCAGCCUCGCCCUCCUCCCCCGCCUUCCCGUUCCCUGAGGCCCCGCCGGGAGAGGGCUCGGCCAGAGCUGCCGGCCCAGGGGCUGGGGACACUGACGAGGAGGGCGAGGAAGAUGCAUUUGAGGAUGCCCCCCGAGACUCUCCAGGGGAGACGUGGGGUCCGGGGGUGGAAGAGGUUCCCCCGAGGCUGGGGGCAGAGCCCGAGGGGGAGCCCAGCAGGCCCGGCGCCCUGGCAGCUGCCUCCCUGCCCAGCAGCCCUGCGCCGAGCCCGCGCUGCUUCAAGCCCUACCCGCUCAUCACUCCCUGCUACAUCAAGACCACCACACGGCAGCUCAGCUCGCCCAAUCACUCUCCCUCUCAGUCCCCCAGCCAGAGCCCCAGGAUCAAGAGGCGGCUAGAGUCCUCCCUGAGCCGGGGGCCCAGAGCUUCCCUAGUCUCGGCCGCUGCUCCAGCCAAGAAGCACCGGGCUGAUAGCGGCCUCGCCUGCGGCCUCAGCCGUUCAGCCGACUGGACCGAGGAGCUGGGCAGCCGUGCGCCCCCGGCCGGGGGCUCUGCGCACCUGCUGGAACGCGGGGCGGCCUCGGAGGGGAGCGGUGGGGCGCCACCAGUGCAGGCCGCCAAGGUGUCUGGGGCACAGGCGGCUGCUGAUUGUUUCCAGAACGUGUUCACAGGGCGAACUCUUUUGGAGAAGCUAUUCAGCCAGCAGGAGAACGGGCCUCCGGAAGAAGCAGAGAAGUUUUGCUCCCGGAUCAUUGCCAUGGGUCUUCUACUUCCUUUCAGUGACUGCUUCAGGGAACCGUGUGAUCGAAAUGCCCAAUCAAGUUCAGCUCCGUUUGAUCAAGAUCAACUUUAUACCUGGGCUGCGGUCAGCCAACCCACUCACUCACUGGAUUACACAGAAGGGCAGUUUCCCAGGCGAGUCCCGUCUGUUUGGCCCCCAUCGAAACCUCCUGAUGAAGAACACAGGCUGCAGGAUGCUGAAACAGAAUCUCAGUCUGCUGUUUUGGAAACUCCAAAAAAAUGUUCAGAUGCUGUUCAGCAGGAAGUUUUUGACAUGAAGUCUGAAGGACAGGCAACUGUAAUUCAGCAGCUGGAACAGACCAUUGAGGAUCUGAGGACCAAAAUAGCUGAGCUGGAGAAGCAGUAUCCUGCCCUGGAUGUGGAUGUGGCCAGUGGCCGUCAUGGGGCUCACAAUGGAGUGGCCUCGUUAGAAGGUGUCUGUCUUGAAGCUCUCAGGUUAGGAGAAAAGGAUGUACAUCAUCAAAGGAUUUUUCAGGCAAAGUCAAUCCAGACGUCCCCGACAGAAGAGGGUGGGAUACCGACACUGCCUUCUGUUAAUGCACUACCAGAGUGUCCUCCCUGCCCACCUGGGCCCGAAAGUGGAGACUCAGCUAUGCCCUCCUCACCUUCUGGACCUCAGACAAAAUUCUGCUCAGAGAUUUCUUUGAUUGUGUCUCCAAGGCGAAUAUCAGUACAGCUCGACACACAUCAGCCCACUUUGCCUCCUGCACCUCCAUCCCUUCCGAGGUCUGACAGUCAAAGACAGGCCGGGUCACAACCUUCCCAUCCUUCUCUUCAUACUGAGUCUGAAACCAGCCAUCAAUACUCUGUUUUCUCUUCCUUUGACAACAGCCAUAGCAUCCAACCCUCCCCACCUCUGCCUUGCACAGAGUCUUCCAGCUCCAUGCCUGGAGUGGGCAUGGUGGUCCCUCCACCUCCCCCUCUCCCUGGCACAACAGGGCCUGCUCUGCCCAGUACAGCCAUCCCCCCACCUCCUCCUCUUCCUGGUACAGAAAUGCUACCCCCCACUCCUCCGCCUUUGCCUGGUGAGGGAAUACCUCCUCCCCCUCCCUUGCCAGGAAUACCUCCUGCCCCACCUCUUCCUGGAGUGGGAAUACCUCCUCCACCCCCUCUUCCUGGAGUGGGAAUACCUCCUCCCCCUCCCCUGCCAGGUGAAGGAAUACCUCCUGCCCCACCUCUUCCUGGAGUGGGAAUACCCCCUCCCCCUCCUCUUCCUGGAGUGGGAAUACCUCCUCCCCCUCCCCUGCCAGGUGAAGGAAUACCUCCUGCCCCACCUCUUCCUGGAGUGGGAAUACCCCCUCCCCCUCCUCUUCCUGGAGUGGGAGUACCCCCUCCCCCUCCUCUUCCUGGAGUGGGAGUACCCCCUCCCCCUCCUCUUCCGGGAGUGGGAGUACCCCCUCCCCCUCCUCUUCCUGGAGUGGGAGUACCUCCUCCCCCCCCUCUUCCUGGAGUGGGAAUACCUCCUCCUCCCCCUCUUCCUGGAGUGGGAAUACCUCCUCCUCCCCCUCUUCCUGGAGUGGGAAUACCUCCUCCCCCCCCUCUUCCUGGAGUGGGAAUACCUCCUCCCCCCCCUCUUCCUGGAGUGGGAAUACCUCCUCCUCCUCCCCUGCCAGGUAUGGGGAUUCCAUCUGUUCCCACUCCCCCUCCCACUUCUGGAUCAGGCAUCCCCCCACCCCCUCUGCUUCCUGGAUUAGGCCCUCCACUCCCCCCUCAGGUUGGAAGUAGCACUUUAUCAGCACCGCAAGUGUGUGGCUUUCUUCCUCCUCCGUUGCCAGCUGGCUUGUUUGGAUUAGGGCUGAACCAAGACAGAGGGAGUAGGAAGCAACCAGUAGAGCCUUGUCGGCCCAUGAAGCCUCUGUAUUGGACGAGAAUUCAACUGCAUAGUAAAAGAGACUCCAGUGCUUCACUUAUUUGGGAAAAAAUUGAAGAGCCAUCCAUAGAUUGUCAUGAAUUUGAGGAAUUAUUUUCUAAAACUGCUGUGAAGGAGAGGAAAAAACCUAUUUCUGACACCAUCACAAAGACCAAGGCUAAACAAGUGGUCAAGUUAUUAAGCAACAAAAGAUCACAAGCAGUUGGAAUAUUAAUGUCUAGCCUUCAUUUAGAUAUGAAAGAUAUACAACAUGCUGUUGUGAACUUGGACAAUUCUGUGGUUGAUCUGGAGACCCUUCAAGCUCUCUAUGAGAAUAGAGCACAGUCAGAUGAACUGGAAAAAAUUGAAAAGCACGGCCGGUCCUCCAAAGACAAGGAAAAUGCCAAGUCUCUGGACAAACCUGAACAGUUCCUUUAUGAACUGUCACUAAUCCCCAACUUCUCAGAGCGAGUCUUUUGUAUUCUGUUCCAGUCCACGUUUUCAGAAAGCAUUUGCUCAAUUCGUCGCAAACUGGAAUUGCUACAGAAAUUGUGUGAGACAUUAAAAAAUGGCCCAGGGGUUAUGCAGAUCCUGGGUUUGGUUCUUGCUUUUGGCAACUACAUGAAUGGAGGGAAUAAGACUCGAGGACAGGCCGAUGGCUUCGGAUUAGACAUUCUUCCAAAGCUGAAAGAUGUCAAAAGCAGUGACAAUAGCAGAAGCCUUUUGUCAUAUAUUGUUUCCUAUUAUCUUCGAAAUUUUGAUGAGGAUGCUGGAAAAGAACAGUGUGUUUUUCCACUGCCAGAACCCCAGGACCUUUUUCAGGCCUCACAGAUGAAGUUUGAAGAUUUUCAAAAAGAUCUCAGAAAACUAAAGAAAGACUUGAAAGCCUGUGAAGUUGAGGCGGGGAAAGUAUACCAGGUGUCCUCAAAAGAGCACAUCCAGCCUUUCAAAGAAAACAUGGAACAAUUUAUUAUUCAAG